CGCUUCGUAGUAGAUAACAGCAUCUAGAGCUAUGGGCAAUGAAGGCAGCAAACUAAAAGGAAUACUUGUUGAGGAAAAUGCGGUGGAGACUAAUCAAUUUUGGACAGUUUAUAACGCUAAGACGCCAGAGACAACCAACGAUGAACGUUGCAGCCAGAUGCUCUCCGUAUUCGAAGGAAAAGUCUUUGUCAAGGCACAUGUAUGGUCAAAUGGAGUGGGCCCGAUUGAAAGAGCAAUAAAAAACCUGAUGGUCUACCGCCACCCGUACAUCUUAAAAUAUAUAGCUACCUGGGAGAAGUCGGGACGGAAGUAUCUUGCUACAGAGAGAGUCAGACCUCUAGAUGAGGUGCUGGCCCAGCAGACUGACAUUGAAGUCUGCCUAGGGCUGCGAACCAUUUUAUGCGCUCUAAUAUUUUUGGUUGAGAAGGCCCUGGCUCGGCACUUAAAUAUUAACACGCAGUCUAUUUACGUAACGGAGAGUGGAAGCUGGCGCCUCGCUGGCUUCGAGUACGUUUGGAGGGCCACGGAUGUCAACAAACAACUGCUCGACUUGGCACAUUCUUUUAUAGACUUGACUAUUCACGGAGAGAACUUCGAACAAUUUUUCUUCUCCAUUUUGUGCGAGAAAGUGCUAAGCAGGAAAGGAACUGAUAGUUGUAUUACUGAUAGCACUCCACACGUUCAUGAGUUCCGUGAGUAUUGCAGCACACACCUAAAGCAUCAAAAUACAAAGCUAAGGCCAAGACUUUCUGCUAUCUUGCUACAUCCAUACUUCAACCAUGAAUUCGUGCUUAUACAUUCCUUUCUCUUUGAGUUGCCACUGAAGUCAGUGCACGAGCGCCACAAAUUCUUUAGAAGUUUGAUUGAUCGAUUGCGAUAUUUCGACGAGGAAGUAGUGGCUUCGCAGCUGGCAUGUGACUUACUCUCUAGAAUGGUUCUGCUGGAUCCUGCUGCACAAGAAUUUGUGACUCCGCAUAUACUCCGUACAAAAGUUACUGAUAAAGCACCGGCAUCGCUAUUUUCUCCGCAAAUCUACGUACAAUACUUAAUGCCACACAUACUCAAGAUGUUCCGCUUGCGUGAUGCACAGAUUCGAUUAAUACUUCUUGACUAUUUUAUGGACUAUGUUCGUCUCUUAAGCGAUGAGCAACUAGAGAGCGAAAUUCUUCCUCAUUUACAGCUUGGUAUGAACGAUACUAACGACGUCUUGGUAGGCAAAACACUAAGGUGCAUGGCUGAUUUAGUUUCCAUAUUAGGAGCUAACAAAGUUUUGGGCGGUGAUCGUGCACGAUGUUUUUCUGAUGGCCGUCCACACGCUGCUGUUUCCAGAGACAGCAACAAUCCUUAUCCCGAACCGCGGUCUAUUAGUCCUUUAAUGAAUACUAGAUCCUUCGACGUAGAAGACUUUAUGGUUUCUGGGAGCCCAUUGCCACAAGAAAGCAAUGCCUCACCUUUAUCUAUUCGCCUUAGCCCGGACGGUGGGGAGGACGAGAAACUUCGGUUAAAUUCAAAUGAAAAAUCCAUAAGUAUAAAACAUAAUAUAGACCCCGAGAAGGACUCGUAUAUAUCUGGCACAGAGCAUGAAAGAGUGGCCAACAUUGAUGAGGAGGGGACUUGGCUUGAUUGGGACAAUACAGACCACCUUCAACAGGGCUACCAAGUGGAUCACGCUGUAACCGACUCUGAAACAAACAGUAAUUCAUUUGCUAGAGAGAUCCAAACUGGCAAAUCUUUAUCGCCCUCAUAUCGCACUGGAAAAUGUAAUUUAUCAGUUGGAGUAAACGAGACAAUAUCCCAGACAGAACAGAAAGUUAUCGAUGAUCUCAGUGAGCUGGACAUAAAAGUGCAAACGGUGAUUCAAAGGUCUGAGUUCAACGAAUUUGAUUUCUUCAAAGAUAUGGAACCGAUCAUCGAAAUCCGGACUAGUACCUGUGAGACACCGGAGCAAAUAAGCAGCCGUUUUGCUGCUGCUGCGUCAGCCGUGAACUGUAAUGAGCUGUGUGCCGAUCAGGGUUGGGGUCAUGAUGAACAGGAUGAUAAGGACGAUAUUGUCUGGGGCGUGACGAAUGUAUCAACGCUUUAAUACAAAAUCGAGGUAUUUUUUACUGUUAGCUAAACAAUAAAAGCCAUAAAUGUAAUUAAAUUGUAUCAGGAAACUUUGGAGAUGUUUUUAAAAAUACCUAACAUACUCUGUGUAUAUGCAAAAAAAAAAAAAAAAAAACUAAUUGAAUUUUUUCAACAUUUUCUUUGUUUUUGUCGUACUUGCCGUAAAUGUGACAAAAAUAGCGCAGACCUACAACUGCCACGCCCACGUACGUUUCUCGUUCGCACUCCCACCAGCUGAUUGUAAUGGGUAGUCGGAGAACUAGACUGUAAAGUUUUCUCUUGUUUGUUCCUUUUUUUGUCCUAACAAAUAAAUGCUUGCUUACUUUUGUAUUAUAAAAAAUCGACACCUCGGUAUUUUUGUUUUUGAUUAAGACUUAGUAAUAGAAUUGUAAUCGUAAUUUAAACUUGCGUAGAAACGGAUGAAAAUGAAAUGGAUAAAUGUACUAGUAAUUUAAUUAGUGCUAAUUUAUAGGGUCCAAUUUCUCUGCGUUGUUACUUUUGAUUAAAAUUAAAAUGAACCCUCUGCAAGGAUAUAUAGGAAUAUACCCACCAAAUUAAAAUAAUAUUAAUUUCAACUAUUCAAUCGUCUUUAUUCUGUGUUCAUACAUUUAAACAAGACUUGCCCUCCAAAAGCCUUGGAAAUUUUACGUAACAAAAUGGGACCAAAAAUGAUUAAAUUUCAAUUAUAGUAUGAUCAGGUUAUACCUAUUUCCUUUGCUUCAUGUUAAUAGCUUUCUCAUACAGCCUCGGGUAUGAAUAUGACAAACAAUCUGUUAUUGCUGUGUUAAUUUAAUCGCAUACAAAUCAGGACCAAUGUUUCUUUUAAAUCUUUCAACUUUUUACCAAGGACCCAUAGAAUACAGGUUAUAUGAGAUUGUUUUUGAAAGCCCUCUGUGAUUUCUUACUCUUCGCAGACAUGUUGCUGCUGAUUUACGUACUCAUCAA